UUAAACAAAAGAAGAAAGAAAGAAAAAAGGUAAAACGAAAGCUCAUCUAUAUAACUAUAGUUUCAUUAUCCAUAAAAUUGCAUUCAACAAUGAAGAGCCUCAUCGUUCUCGUACCUCUCAUAUGUUUCAUCUUUUCACCAACAACAACGAUCGCAACUUGGCCAAAACCUUUGGAAGUCUCCAAUGAGGUUACGCUGAUAAAUACCGACCAGAACCAUUACUUUGGUGUGGAUUUGAGUUUCCAAGAUUCCAAAAUUUGGAAAUGUACUUAUAGCAACGGAUCUGGAGCCGCCGUCUCUAUCUCCUACCCUGCACCUCCACCUCCUCCGUCGCGUAAGCCAUCUCCACCAUCGCCUAAACCAUCACCGCCGUCACGACCUCCCAAAAUAUCUCCACCGCCGUCACGACCUCCUAAAAAGUCUCCGCCGCCUCCUAAGCCAUUAUCACCGCCACCAACUCCCAAAAAGUCUCCGCCGCCUCCUAAGCCAUCACCGUCUCCUCCUAAACAGUUAUCACCACCACCAACUCCCAAAAAGUCUCCACCGCCUCCUAAGCCAUCUCCGUCUCCUCCCAAACCAUCAAUGCCUCCACCAACUCCUAAAAAGUCCCCGCCGUCUCCUAAACCAUCAACACCUCCACCAGCUCCUAAAAAGUCCCCGCCACCUCCCAGACCAUCUCCUCCACGUCGUAAACCAUCUCCUCCGACUCCAAAACCAUCAACGCCUCCACCAACUCCCAAGGUUUCACCACCAUCUCCUCCAACUCCCAAGAAGGCUCCACCACCGCCACAACCUGUGUCCACUCCCACGCCAACAAUGCCAACAACUCCAGCCCAUCCAUAUCAGAAUCCAUGGGUUCAUUUCAUCAGCUGCAUAAGUGAUUUUGGGCCCUCGGCAAUAUGUAAACAACAGAUGGAAGUGAGUUACUACACUGGGAGGUUUCGUGUUAGUGACUAUUGCUGCAAUCUUAUUGUCAACAUGAGACAUGAAUGCACCAAUGUGAUUCUUGGCUACUUCACCGAUCCUUUCUUCGUACCUCUUAUUCGUUGUACUUGCCACGUUAAUAUCUAGCUUUUGUUUGGGGUUUUUUUUCAUUUUUUUUUUUUCAUCUUGGGUAGUCAUGCAAUUUUUUGUUGUUGUCCAUUUCUUAUGGACCACUCUUUUGCUACAUUUCACGAAUAAUAAGUUUUUUUUUCCUUCUUUAGAUUAUAUUAUUUUUGCCAAU